CAGACUUCGUCAUGACGCGCAUUGAUCGGGAAGGGGUCCGAAGUCUGUGAGAGCGAACAACGUGCUUAAGAUUAACCGGAUUUAGUAAAACAGUAACUGAAUCCAUCCGACUCGAAAAGAUGUCCAACCAAAUCAGGCUGAGGCUGCUGCCGAGCACCAGGUGUCUGUUUGAUGAGCCCGUUCAGCUGAAAGUCGCCGGGCUGCGGUCAAGGCAGGUGGUCACAAUCAAAGCCACAUCGACCGACGAGAGAGAAGUGGUGUUCGGCUCUUCAGCCACUUACAGGGCAGAUGAUGGCGGAGAGGUCGACCUGAACCGAGACCCCUCACUCAACGGGAGCUACGUUGGAGUGCAGCCCAUGGGUCUGCUGCAGUCACUGAAGGCAGACACUUUGCACAAGUACUUCUUCAAGAACAAAGCUCUGAAACCUCACGUGGUGAAGUUUUCUGUGCAUGAGCAGGAGGCGGAUGGCAGGAUACUGGCAGAAGAGACAAACGAGAGGUUUUUGAUGGGAGACGGGGUCAGUCGGGACCCAAUCAAAGAGGGGAACAUACGAGGAGUCUUGUUUACACCCCCAGGAGAAGGUCCGUUCCCUGCUGUGCUGGAUCUGGGCACCUUCAUGUCUGAGAAAAGAGCCUGUUUGCUGGCCAACAAAGGGUUUCUGGUCCUCACGAUAGCUGUGUUCAGUGACAGACAAAAUAUGAAAGAGAUACAUCUGGACCCCUUUAAAGAAGCCGUGGAUUUCUUACGCCACCACCCCAAGGCGGGCAGUAAAGGAGUCGGCAUAAUAUCAAGAUCAAAGGGAACGGAUAUCGCGCUCUCUCUUGCUGCAUUCGUGCCCGGUGUGGAGGCCUUAGUUUGGAUCAAUGGCACCAGUGCCAGUGUGGGCACUCCCCUCUACUACAAGAAACAGCAGAUCCUCUCACCCUUAAUGUUUGACUUCAGCAAGGUGAUUACCACCAAGUCUGGAGCAAACCUUAUCAAGUAUGCUACUGAUGAUCCCCUGGAAGAGAAGAACAAAGGAAGCCUCGUCCCCAUUGAACGAGCCAAGAGCCAGUUCCUCUUUGUGGCUGCAGAGGAUGACCUCAACUGGGACAGCAAGGACUACAUGGACGAGAUGGUGGAGAGACUGAAGCGUUGUGGGAAGGAGAACUUUGAGACUGUUUUUUAUCCUGGAGCUGGACAUUUGCUGGAGCCACCCUAUGGACCCUUCUGUUCCUCUGCUUUACAUGGGAUGCUUAGCUUCUCAGUGGUGUGGGGAGGGGAGCCCAGGGCCCACGCAGCAGCAGAGAUCCACUUGUGGAAGAAGAUCCAGGAGUUCUUUAGAACUCACCUGAGUUGUGAUGCUGCACAGGCUAAAGCCAAUUUAUAAACAGGAUUUGAAAGAUAAAACAAAAAAACAACAACUAUUGAAUAUAUUAUUUUAUUUGCUUGUGAAUAUUUUCCGUUCUGUCUUUGAAUGCAUUUAAUGUUUGAUUUUAAUAUCAGAAUACUUUAAUAAUUCCUCAAGAAAUUAUGUGGGUUACAGUUACUCCAGGACAACAGUAACUUCUUCCUCACCUCAUCAAGCUCUUCUGACUGCUGCUGAGCUCCAAAGCUUUUUACCUGCCUGGAAUUUGUGUUGACUGAAUACAUAAAUCAAGUUUAAUACAACGGCAUCUAUCUUUAAAAGAAAGAUUUGUGUUCAGCCUGUGAGUGACCAUCCUACAGCUAUCUGGGUGAGGUCACUACCAGAAAACAGCAAGGAAGCAGACCAAAGAUGCCACCUGGGAGAUAUCGCUACAGAAUACAUGUUACAAUACAAAUGCGAACACACACACACACAGAGGAACAAAAGGUUAAACCAUACAAGACCAACUCCAAGUUAAAGAACUGCAUUAUUAUAGCACAUUUCUAAAAUAUAUUUCACUACCACAGUAGUACAAGGAUGAAAAUGGCAGCACAGAAAACUAGCACAUUACUCAUCAACGCUGCCCUUUUUUAUGAUAAAUAACAAUGUAUUUUAAAAUAACGAUGUAUUGAAAAACAAGACAAAUUAAGUUUAAAAACCUUUUACUUGUAGUUGUGAAAGUAUUUGCACCACUAUCAACUACAGCAGACUCCAAAUGCGAUUUUUGUCAUCCUUUAAUAGGUAGAAAAUGGAGAAAUUAAAGUAGAAAUGACUAAGUCCUACAUUUGUGAGUGUUAAACAAAUGUAUUCCUGCUUCAGCAUGUAACUGUAAUGACAGAUUAACUGCUAACAGACAUUAUCUGUUUAUUAAACUCAAGAAUUAAACGUAA